GGGCGGGCUUUAUCCACAUGUUCGCGUCGUAGCGGGCUGUAUGCAUGUCCGCCGCAGAAAGGACGAAUUUCAGUGUGUGAAAAGUGGCUGAGCGGCGUUAAAAUUUGUAGGCGGUUUAGCGAUUUUCUUGGACUGGUUGAGCUGGACUCUCUUUCUUGUUGGUCUCGGUUGCUGAGCCGAGAUGUAUGCCUUUCACAAGCAGAUCCAGCCACCCACAGGCGUGGAACACAGCGCGUACUGUAAUUUCUUUUCAGCAGGCGAAAGGAGUCUUGUUGUUGCUCAGGCCUCUGAGCUGACCGUCUACAGACUUCUCAGUGAUGUGGAGACAACGGCUAAAGGUGCGGAGAAAAACAUAGAUGGUAUCACUGUCAAGCCCAAGCGGGAUAAACUCGAGCAGCUGAUGAGCUUUUCUCUCCAUGGCAAUGUGAUGUCACUGCAGACGGCGCCGUUGUCCGGUAACGGCCGAGAUGCAAUGCUCCUCAGCUUCAAAGAUGCUAAGCUUUCGAUUGUGGAGUAUGACCCCAGCACUCAUGAUCUGAAGACCUUGUCCAUGCAUUACUUUGAAGACGAAGAACUAAGGGAUGGCUUGUAUCGUAACAUCCACACCCCCCAUGUCCGGGUGGACCCUGAGAAUCGCUGUGCUGUCAUGCUGGUCUAUGGCUCCAAGCUUGUGGUCUUACCAUUCAACCGUGGGGAAGGGUUGGUGGAGGAUACAGACCAAGCAACAAAGAAAUCUGCAGUGAUGCCUAGCUAUGUCAUCAACCUGUCAGAAUUGGAGGAACACGUACUGAACGUGGUGGAUAUACAGUUCCUGCAUGGAUACUAUGAGCCAACACUGUUACUGCUGUAUGAGCCGCUACGAACGUGGCCUGGUCGUAUAGCCAUGCGACACGACACAUGUGCCAUGGUGGCGCUGUCACUGAAUCUGGCUCAGCGAGUUCACCCCGUCAUCUGGGCUUUAAACGGUCUGCCAUAUGACUGUGCACAAGUCUGCGCUGUACCUAAACCAAUUGGUGGUGUGUUAGUCCUGGCAGUCAACUCCUUACUGUACCUCAAUCAGAGUAUCCCGCCCUACGGCGUGUCUCUCAACUCCAUCACUGAGCGGAGUACAGCCUUUCCUCUCCGGCCGCAAGAAGGCAUAUGCAUCAGCUUAGACUGUGCUCAAGCCACCUUCAUAUCUUACGAUAAACUGGUGCUGUCGCUCAAGGGAGGAGAACUCUAUGUACUGACAAUGUUGAUUGACUGUAUGCGGAGUGUACGAGGGUUUCACUUUGACAAGGCAGCAGCGAGUGUGCUCACAUGCUCUAUUUGUGCCAUGGACGAAGGCUUCCUGUUCCUGGGUUCCCGUCUGGGUAACUCGCUCCUCUUGAAAUACACAGAGAAGGCAACGGAUGGCGUCAGUUCAGAUAUCCCAAAAAAGGACAAAGAGGAAGAGAGAAAAGAGGAUGGUCCCCCAACCAAGAAGAUACGCAGCGAUGAUGCUAGUGAUUGGAUGGCGAGUGACGUAGCGUUGGUGGAAGAUCCUGAGGAGCUGGAGGUGUACGGCAAGGAAACCAUGCAGAGUACCAGCUCCAAUGUCAUUACAUAUUCAUUUGAGGUAUGUGACAGUGUGAUCAACAUUGGACCGUGUGGCAACAUGACAAUGGGCGAACCUGCAUUCCUGUCAGAUGAGUUUCAGAACAGUUUGGACCCUGAUCUAGAGUUGGUGACCUGCUCAGGCUAUGGCAAGAACGGAGCUCUCUCAGUGCUGCAGAGGACCAUCAGACCACAGGUUGUGACUACAUUUGAGCUACCCGGCUGUCUGGAUAUGUGGACAGUCAUUCACAAACAGGCAGAGACCUCGAAGGAUGAGACCGGGGAUGAGGUCAAGAAGGAGGAGAAGGAGGAAGGUGAGGAGGACGGUCAGCAGGAGGAUGGAGACGGAGAGAAGACAUCUGGAGACAAGAUGGCGGAGGACCUGGCCAACAGCCAUGCCUUCCUGAUCCUGAGUAGGGAAGACUCCAGCAUGGUUUUACAGACAGGCAAAGAGAUAACAGAGCUGGACCACAGCGGGUUUAGUACCCAGACUCCCACUGUGUUUGCUGGCAAUCUGGGUGACAAUAGAUACAUUGUCCAGGUGUCACCGUCCAGCGUCAGACUACUGGAAGGAGUGAACCAACUGCAGCAUAUCCCCCUGGACCUGGAGUCUGACAUCACCCUGUGUUCCCUAAGUGACCCAUACCUACUAGUCAUAACAGAGAGGGGUGACGUCAUGCUGCUGACCCUCAAGGCUGACCAGUACGGCUCAGGACAUCGUCUCAGUCUGACCAAACCCCAACUUCCACAGAAAAGUCGUAUCCUAACACUGUGCACUUACAAAGACAACAGUGGCAUGUUUACUACAACAAGCAAGAAACAAAAUACCAUUGAACAACCGACUGUGGAGAGGAAGCCUCGUACCCUGAGCACUUCACAGGCUGAAGCAAUGGCAAUGGAUACCAGCAGUGCAGAUGAUGAGGAUGAAUUACUGUAUGGAUCUUCUGAACCUAAAGUUGCUCCCAGUCCAACCGUCAAACCAGAACCCAACCUCAGCCCUGAGGCAGAGACAGAAGGACUCAGCACCCAACCGACGAUCCCUGAAACCUGCAACGAUGGCCCAACAUUCUGGUCAGUUGUCUGCAGAGAGAACGGUCUGCUGGAGAUCUACAGCCUUCCAGACUUCAACCUCAUGUUUCUAGUCAGAAACUUCCCCAUGGCCCAGAAAGUCCUAGUGGACAGUGUCCAGACAACUGCAACCACUGACCAGCAGGGACAGCAGCAUGACAUGCUGCCAACAGUCAAAGAGGUCAAACUGGUGGGCCUGGGUCACAAGAACAGUAGACCGUUCCUCAUGGCCAUAGUGGAGGAGGACCUUCUGAUAUAUGAGGCGUUUGCGUCUCACUCCGCAUCUGACGUAGCUCACCUGAAACUGCGAUUCAGAAAGGUCUGCCAUGAUAUACUCAUCAAGGAAAAGAAGAAAGGCAAGAAGCAAGCCAAGAUGGCGGAGGCCCCUGCCUCCAGCUCCGCUCGCUACGUCUCUCAGCUCAGAUACUUUGAAGAUGUCUCUUCUUAUUCAGGGGUGUUUGUCUGUGGUCCUUACCCACAUUGGAUCUUUGUCAAGUCACGCGGUGCCUUGAGGGCCCAUCCUAUGCCCAUCGACGGUUCUGUCUCCUGCUUCGCCCCGUUCCACAACGUCAAUUGCCCUCAUGGUUUCCUCUACUUCAACAAACAGGGUGAUCUACGGAUCUCCAUCCUACCCACUCAUCUGUCCUAUGAUGCCCCCUGGCCAGUAAGAAAGGUCCCGCUAAGAUGCACUCCUCACUUCAUCUGUUACCAUGUCGACAGCAAGACUUAUGCAGUGGUCACAAGUAGUCUGGAGCCGUUCAUGAAGAUCUGGAGACUGGGCUAUGACGAUCAAGAGUUUGAGGAAGCUGAACGAGAUGAGCGGUUUGUGGCUUCCCAGAAGGAUCGUUUCUCCAUCCAGCUCUUCUCCCCUCUCAGCUGGGAUGGCAUUCCAAACACUAGGAUUGAGUUUGAGGAAUUGGAGCAUGUGACGUGUCUGAAGGUGGUCAAUCUAAGCUGUGAGGGAUCCAUGACUGGUAAGAAGUGCUUCAUAGCGGCCGCAUCAACGAGGGUCUUCAGUGAAGAUGUCCAGUGUACAGGAAAGGUUUUUAUCUACGACGUGAUUGAGGUUGUUCCAGAGCCAGGUCAGCCGCUCACCAAGAACAAGAUCAAGGUGUUAUAUGACAAAGAGCAGAAAGGACCAGUGUCAAGUCUAUGUGACUGCAUGGGCUACCUGCUCACUUCUGUUGGCCAGAAGGUGUAUCUGUGGACCUUCAAGGACAAUGAUCUUCUUGGCUUGGCCUUCAUCGACACCCAGAUCUACAUCCACAGGGCGGUCUGUGUCAAGAACUUCAUCCUUGUUGCUGAUGUCACGAAAAGUAUCUAUCUCCUGCAGUAUCAAGAGUCGGAUAGGACCAUUGCUCUAGUCAGCAGGGAUUCCAAGCCUCUUCAAGUCUACAGCUGUGAGUUCAUGGUGGACGAUUCUCAGCUGGCCUUCCUGGGUAAGUCAUUAAAUCCCGUCUUCUACUCAUGACCACAAUCUUCGAAU